AUGGGACUAGGGGGUGUAAACAGCGCUCGGAACACUGUGUUUCUGAUUAUAGUAGCAUCACUUGCCCUUGCAUUUUCAUCCUUUGCUGAGCAUCGUUCAGAGUUAUGGAAAGCAUUGGUUUCGAGCUCCAUUGUCAGGGAGCCCACGGCAACCGCCAAGACUGCGAGUACUGCGAGUAAUUACGAGACCAUUGGUAAUAGAAAUGAAAGCCAAACGAUACAUCAGCCUCCUAACAAUGUUACUACAACAAAUGAAAUAUCAACAGGAGCUGUCACCAGUACGCCUGCAACCGAACUGAAACCUUCACACGAUCCUGAACCCAGUGCUACAAAUUCAUCAUCUUCCGAUGAAGAUGAGGUGAAAGACAAGGAGAAAGAAAAGAAAGAUGAAGACGACGAAGACGAAAGUUCCUCGUCAUCAGAAGAUGUAGCUCCCAAGCUUUCCCAGAUAUGGCAUAUUCCACCUCACCUGUCGACGGAGAAAGCCAAUCCAAAUGUUGGCGGUCCGACCGAGUUGAACCAAACAGCUAUUGAUUUAUUUGAGACUGCCACCAGAAGUGGACUCACGCCAUCGCAAGGCUGUAGCAAUGACACGAACGCAACGGAAGCCUGGUGUGGAGAACAGGGUUGUUGGAGAACCUUUGAAAUCAACAGCACUGAAGUGCCGUCGGAGACAACCUGCAAGACGUUAUGGUUUGCAGGAUUCAGUAUCUCGACAAGCUCAAAUUGCUAUGCUAGUGGAUAUGGCGGCUAUCGGAAUGAUUAUGCAGUAGCCUUGCAGUCAGCACGAUUUAAUGCAAAGGAUACACUUCAGCCAGUCCUACUGGUGGGGAGAUAUGAUAUGGGAGACACUCCUUUGCCAACCGUCGUAGAAUGGGCGGCUGCACAAGGGGCUAUUAUUGUCACGGUUGAUGAGCUUAGCUUUCAAGACUUGGUGAAUAACAAACUGGUCAAGAAUGUGCAUGCCAACCAUAUGGGGCCGUUUCUGAGGAUUGACGUUCCAAAAAUUGUAAGGGAACACAAACUGAUGGAUCUUCCCGGCAUUUGUGAUCGGCACGUUUUAUACACGGACAGCGACGUUGCCUUUGUGAACAAAAUUACUCAGUCUGAUCUCGACAAGUUAAAGAAACAAAUCGAUCCAUCGACAGAUGCGUACACGCUGUAUGGCCAUCAGACGAAAAGCAAAGGGCGUCCAAUCAACAGCGGAAUCAUGCUCUUUGACGUGUAUCGCUUUGAACAAGCAUGGGAUUCCUUUCUGCAAUUUGGUUACGCAAAAGGUCCUUUUCUAUCUUUUGACCAGGGGUGGUUGAAUGAUUACUUCAUGUCGACUGCCGAGCGAAUGGCGAAUCGGUCGUUGCUGGAGAAUGAAUGGAAUUGGAAAUCCUACUGGAGACUGGCUCCCAACGAGUGGUGGCAAGUCAAGAUUGUCCACUUCCAUGGCCCCAAGAUUGGGAAAUCCUUAGAGUACAUGGCACAUUGCAAUACGUCGGACUGGGUCUUUGACACAUAUGGCAAGACGUAUGCAAGCCUUGUCAAGAAUGCCAUUUGUUGUGACAAAGGUAUGACAGCCAAAUUUAUGUUGGACUUGUACUAUGAAUUAUCACCUCCCCGAAGUGUCAAGUGCGGGUAA